AAGCACCGGCGGUGCGCAGGCAGCCUCCAGAUCGCACAGUUGGAUAGAUGGGUAUCACCAGCAUGUGAUCAGCCCGUGUGCGCAGCCUGUUAAAUCUGACAGAUUCUCCUUCAACAAAACAAUGAAACCUGCUGCAGAUGAGCCGUCGCUCCUGCUGGACUGUGGACUAAUUGGAGUGACCUCCGGUGUCAUUCGGGGAUGAUGGGGAUGAAGGUGGUGAUGGUGAAUCGGGCUGUUUUUUUCUGCGAAAACCGCCAACUUUCACUCAUGCGCUUCUUGUCCUUUUACUUCUCUGUGUGUCUUUAAAGCGCAAAAGCAUGCAGACCUCCCCGACUGAAGACAAGAUCCCAGUCGUCAGUUCAGCUUCAAGUCCACAGGUCAGUGGAGAAGGCCUUUACUUCGCUGACGGCCGACGGAAAGUUGACUAUGUUCUGGUCUUCCAUCAGCGACGGCACAGUUCCCUACGAUCUCCCACCAGCACCUCAAUUUCACAAGACCGACUAUCUGUUGUUUCCAAUGGCAACUUUCCCCAAUCGGCGGGCUCGGAUGUGGCGGCAGGAAGAGGAGGCGGCAUUCCAUCAGGGGAGGCUGUGAGUGUUGGUGAGGUGUUCAUGGAGCUUGGAGGUGGAGGAGAGAACGAACCAACGGAGCCUGCUGACCAUGAGAUGCGUCUGAUCAGACAGGAGUUUGAAGCCAAUCUGGUGGAGGCCGGCCUGGAGAUAGAGAGAGACAGAGAUUUAAAAACCCACGGCCCCAGCUUCACCCGUCUCCAUGCGCCCUGGCCGGUACUGUGUCGUGAGGCUGAGUUUCUCAAGAUUAAAGUUCCCACCAAGACGAGUUAUGAACUUAAAGAGGAAGGUGGUUUCAGCACUAGUAUCAGCACAGUGUGGAGGAAACUGAACCAGCCUUUCCAGCCCAAAGUACCACAUCAGGACCACGGAAGCACCAAGUUUCUCUCACACUGCUUCUCCAGGGACAAGCUUCACCUGUACCACAUCACGUCUAAAGACACCUUCUUUGACAACGCCACAAGGGGCCGAAUAGUGUACGAGAUCCUGAGACGGACAGUGUGUGUACGAACCUGUCAAACCAUAGGCAUCAGCACAUUGAUAGCAAAAGGUGUAUAUGACGCUGCCUUCCCUAUUCACGAUGGUGACUAUAAGGUCAUUGGACACCUUGAAGAGAGGAACGACAGACAGGUUCUGCAUGAAGAGUGGGCCAGAUACUCAGCCUUUUACAAGUACCAGCCCAUUGAUCUUGUCAGGAAGUACUUUGGGGAGAAGAUCGGCCUGUACUUUGCAUGGCUCGGUGUUUACACUCAGUUGCUGGUACCAGCCUCCAUAGUGGGAAUCAUUGUGUUUGGCUAUGGGGUGGCAACUGUGAAUACUGACAUACCCAGUCUUGAGAUGUGCGACGAACGUCUCAAUUUCACCAUGUGCCCUCUGUGUGACGGAGCAUGUGACUUCUGGCAGCUCAGCACUGCCUGCGGCACCGCCAGAGCCUCACACCUCUUCGACAACCCUGCCACCGUCUUCUUCGCCAUCUUCAUGUCCCUGUGGGCGGUGCUGUUCCUGGAGCACUGGAAGCGUCGUCAGAUCAGUUUGAGCUUCAGUUGGGAUUUGACAGGCAUCGAGGAGGAUGAGGAACACCCCAGACCAAAAUAUGAGACCAUCCUCCUUCAGAAGAGACAGAGGAAGCAGAAAAAUAAGAAAAAAAAGAAAAAGAAUGAGCCAGAGAAGCAGGAGGACGGGACAGUGACAGGGAAGGACAGAUGGAGACAAAAACUACUGUCUGCCAUGGCUGCAGGAAUACCGCUUGCCAUAGAGAAGUUGACCUGGAAAGACCGUCUUCCUGGAUAUUUCAUCAACGUUUCCUCUAUUCUCUUCAUGUUUGGACUGACGUUUUCAGCAGUUUUUGGUGUCAUCAUCUACCGCAUCACGGUGUCUGCCCUGAUGGCGAUGAGCCCCGACCCAGAGACCAAGUCCAACGUUCGGGUGACGGUGACAGCCACUGCGGUUAUCAUCAACUUAGUGGUUAUUCUGAUCCUUGAUGAAAUCUACGGCGCUGUGGCGGUGUGGCUGACUGAGCUAGAGAUUCCUAAAACGGAAACCAACUUCGAGGAGCGCCUCAUCUUGAAAGCCUUCUUGCUCAAGUUCAUGAACGCUUAUGCACCCAUCUUUUACGUGGCUUUCUUCAAGGGACGGUUUGCUGGUCGACCGGGAAGUUACGUGUACGUCUUUAACGAUUAUCGGAUGGAAGAGUGUGCUCCAGGAGGCUGCCUCAUUGAGUUGUGCAUUCAGCUCAGUAUCAUCAUGCUCGGGAAGCAGCUAAUCCAGAACAACAUCUUUGAGAUCGGCAUACCAAAGUUGAAGAAGUUGGUGCGUGCGUUGAAGGAUAAAGGAAGAGCAGUGCAGGAGAAGGAGGAGGAGAGGCCUCCGCAGCAGUGGAACCUGGACUACGCUCUUGUUCCCUUUGAAGGCCUCACACCCGAAUACAUGGAAAUGAUCAUCCAGUUUGGUUUCGUCUCUCUGUUUGUGGCUUCGUUCCCACUCGCUCCUCUCUUUGCCCUGCUGAAUAAUGUCAUCGAGAUCAGACUGGAUGCCAAGAAGUUUGUUACAGAGCUACGCAGGCCAGUCGCUGCACGUGCUAAAGACAUCGGUAUAUGGUACAACAUACUGAGCGGAAUGGGAAAAUUCUCAGUCAUUAUAAAUGCCUUCGUGAUAUCCUUCACAUCAGACUUCAUCCCUCGGCUCGUCUACCAGUACAUGUACAGUCACACCGGCACCAUGCAUGGCUUCAUUGACCACACACUCUCCUACUUCAACGUGUCCAAUUUUAAACAAGGCACGGCGCCGCAGAACUCCCAGCUUGGCGAUAUCACCGUCUGCCGGUAUAAAGACUAUAGGGAACCACCUUGGUCUCCAGAUGCAUACCAGUUCUCAAAACAGUACUGGUCUGUCCUGGCUGCAAGACUGGCCUUUGUAAUAUUGUUCCAGAACCUGGUUAUGUUCCUCAGCCUUGUCGUUGCCUGGGUGAUUCCUGACGUUCCCAAAACCAUUGUGGAGCAGCUCAAACGGGAGAAGAAGCUCCUGGUUGAUGUCUUCUUGAGAGAAGAGAAGGAAAAGUUCCAGCUGAUCCAGAGCCUCUUCGCCAAGGACGCUACCCUCCCCCCCGGCAGCCACGUCCUCCAUCCAGCCCAGGAAAUCCCCAUUCCGGGCCGCUACAGUACUCUACCCCCAAGCCUGGCUGGGGACGGAGGAGGAGGAGGUCCGAGGGCGCGGUGUAGGGCGGCCAGCUUCAGUCAGUUCAGCAGGAAGAUUCCCCCAUCGCCCAGGAACGAAAAUGAGAAUUCGAGACACACAGCUGUUUGACAUGUAACACACACAUCUCGAGGAGUUAUUCAAGCUAGGCCUCAGGACUGGAGAACAUGUUGCUCGGGUGAUUUGGUCCCCUGUGUGUUUUUGCCUGUGUCUUUUUUGUCCUGGCGUAUGAGUGUGACAGAGGUGCACUGUGAUGAAUAAAAUCACAGCUUGACUUCGAACAAGAAAGUUGAAUUCAUUGGUCUCAGUGUGGUUGAAUGUGUAAUGUCCACACUGGUGUGUGUGUGUGUGUGUUGUUCCUACUGCGCCGACUGUUCACCUGAUAAAGUGUUAUCAUUUUUACUUUUUGGUAAAAAAACAAACAAUUAUUUAGUGAGGCGCACUAGCUUCAUAGCGUAGACAAGCAAUAAUUACUGUAUUAGGCUGAAAAACUGAAUAUUAUAAGCACCUGAAAGAGACCAUAGAUAAAGUAAGAACUGUAAGCCAACAGAUCCAGCAAUGAGCACUAAAUCAACAUACAUGAAUGGAUGAAUGGACGAAUGGACAUUGUGGCUUAUUAGUACGGCUGGGGACUUCGAGAAUAUUCCUGCUUUAUGUGUUUAUGCUCCAUGUAUUUUUAUUUUGAAACAGAAUGCGUAGCAACUACAACAUACCAUCAGUAAGUGAUUUGUUAAUUUUUAACAGGGGGGAUGGCCCAAUGGGAGGGUUAGAGUUAGGUUUAAAAGAAGGCUUCUACAGCCCGAGGUUGUAGCUUGAGUUGCACUGGCACAGGUAAAAUUAAUACAAAAACUCCUCUAAUGAUGAAAUAACCUUAUAAAAAUUCUGGUUAGGCUAGGACUGCAGGAUUAUCAUAUCUCUAUAGCCUAAAUCUUAACAAUAUAACUGCGAUUAUAAUUUUGAUUUAAUAGAGCUGCUAUUAGGCUAAAUGCAUGUUUUGUGUAGGCCACUCUUUUACUGGAUGUGGACAUUAAGCAUUUUAAUAAUGCUUAUUUUUUAAAACACACCGUAGUUUGACGGUAUAAACUUUACCUCGGACUCUGUAACUGUAGUAGUUGAGCACGGAGUGGUCAGUGCAGGUUAAUUUCCUCAGUCACAUUACCUGCUGCAU